GUGAGAUUAUGAGAAGUGAAACACAGAAGUUCUAUGAGUGUCACGGAGUUGAAGUUCCCUCUACUUCAGAUCUGCUCGGCACAACUCUGGCAUGCAUGAGUCAAUCCAUCGAAAAAGACAUCGUCGAUAAACCGUCACUCCAAGUAUUAUGAUCAGUCAAGGGAGAGACUAGUGAGCUUUUUGUGUUGUUGUUGUUGUUGUUAUAAUGCAAGCUGCUGGGACAAACAACCUCACUAAUUGCACCCCGGAUCACGACUUCGAUCAGGUGUUGUUCCCGACCAUUUAUAUCACCGUGAUCGUCGUCAGCGUUCCCGCCAAUCUGAUCUCGCUGUACGUCUCCUAUUUGCAGGUGACGAAGAAAAAUGAAUUGGGUAUCUAUUUGUUCAACCUUUCCUUCGCGGACCUCUUCUACGCCUCGACUUUGCUUUUCUGGGUGGACUUUAGCCUCGACCACGACAACUGGCGUUUUUCCGAAUGGCUUUGCCGCUUGAGCGUGUUCAUCAUGCACACCAAUCUGUACUGCAGCGCCGGCUUCCUGACCUGCAUCUCUCUGGACCGCUACCUCGCCGUGGUCUAUCCUUUAAGGUACCGCCAUCUUCGGACGAGGAGAGUGGCCAUACUGGUCAGCGCGGUGGUGUGGACCAUACAGUCCGCGUCAAACAUCAUCAUCGUCCUUAAACACGAGACUACUAAUGCCACAGGGGACCGCUUGUGUUACGACAGAUUCCCCAUGGAGCCGUGGCAAGCGGCUUUCAGUAUUUUCAACGUCUGCGUCGGGCAUUUUUUGCCGCUGCUGAUCAUGGUGGUCUGCUACUAUAGGAUUUAUGUCGCGGUGAACCUGAACCAAGCCACGGCGACCAGGGACAAGCGCAAAAUUAAACAUUUACUUCUUGCCAUUGUAGUGACGUUCGUGGUGAGUUUCACACCUUACCAUGUAGUCUUGUUCCUCCGGGGCAUCUAUGAGCCAAACAAUUGCCCCUUUGCCAUGGAAAUAUUUAAGUCAUAUAAACUCACUUUGGCGUUAUCGAGCGUCAACUGUGUGGCUGACCCCUUGCUUUACUGCUUUGUCAGUGAGAUCGGGAGAGCCGAUGCCAGGGCCGCGCUGCUCUGCCUUCAUCCGCAGGGGGAAUCCCCGGCUAGUACCGAAUUCCAGAUGUCUACAAUCUCACCAAGUCAUGGGAAGGUUAAAAGUAUACAUUGAAUGGGAAUUG